AUGGCUGACUUUUCGACAUAUCAUUCGCUUGGUCAGGGUGAAGAAGACAAGCUGAAUUCUCAGAUAAGAACACAGCCUGCCCCACCGCAAUUUAACCCUCCGAUCGCCAAAGGCCCUCCGGGCUACCACCAAAACGAGGCUCCUUAUGGAGCUCACCCGAUCCCCAUGGGCUCAACCGGGUGUCCAUCCUCAUCUGGUGGAUUUGAUGAAGGACCCGGUGCGGUGGGUAGGUUGACAUCGCAAAUGGGCGGCUUAGGGAUCAGUGGAGAUAUCGGCGGAAGUGUUCGUGCUCACAAAAAGAAAGAUCGGCAUGUGUAUCAUGACUUUGGGGCUCCGUCUCCAACUCUGCAUGCUUUUAAUGGAAUGCCACAAGGAGGAAUGCAGAGUCAAUCGCAAUUCCUCAAUACCGGAAUGAAUCACCAACCUCGACCCGGGUCCUCAUAUUCCGAUAUAUCUUCUUCUAGCCUGCAAAACUCAUUACGGACGGGACAACCUUCCUUUGUUGCAACACCGAAACCGACAUUCUCUUCUGCUAGUGAUAGCUCCGUACAUACACAAGGGAAAGUUGACCCAGAACAAGUUCCCGGUAUUCCAAUUGCACGCGAUAUUGCCGCUCAGUAUUACCAAGGCCAUAUAUAUCCUACAAUGGAACGUCACAUACCCCCUCCUGCCGCAAUCCCUUUUAUUGCUCACGAUCAAGGCAAUUCCUCCCCGAAGUUCGCCCGGCUUACUCUCAAUAAUAUUCCAUCCACUGUCGAAUUUCUUUCUUCCACUGCACUUCCCCUUGGCAUGGUUCUACAACCCCUUGCCACUUUAGACGCUGGCGAGCAACCCAUUCCUGUCUUGGACUUUGGAGACGCUGGUCCUCCAAGAUGUAGAAGGUGCAGAGCUUAUAUUAAUCCGUUUAUGAUGUUCAGAUCAGGUGGUAAUAAAUUCGUAUGCAACAUGUGCGCCUUUCCAAACGAAGUACCAUCGGAGUAUUUUUCACCUCUAGAUCCCUCAGGGGUUCGCGUUGACCGCAUGCAACGACCCGAACUAAUGCUGGGGACAGUUGAAUAUAUGGUUCCGAAGGAAUAUUGGGGUAAAGUUCCGGUUGGGAUACGCUGGCUGUUCUUGAUCGACGUUUCGCAAGAAGCGGUAACUCGGGGGUUUUUAGAGGCUUGCUGUGAGGGGAUAAUGGCGGCUUUAUAUGGGGGCAACAACGAUGAUGAUGAAUCACCAAAAGACGAUAGUACACCUCCAAAGAAACUCCCCGAAGGUUCUAAAGUCGGAAUAAUUACUUUCGAUAAAGAAGUUCAAUUUUAUAACCUCAGCGCCCGCCUCGAACAAGCCCAAAUGAUUGUUAUGGCGGAUCUUGACGAACCGUUUGUUCCAUUGAGUGAAGGACUUUUUGUCGAUCCAUACGAAUCAAAGCAUGUUAUAUCGUCCCUAUUAACCCAAAUACCGACAUUGUUUCUCCAUAUUAAAAACCCGGAGCCAGCUCUUUUACCGGCAAUUAAUGCCGCCUUGUCCGCCCUGGAGCAAACUGGGGGGAAAAUGAUUUGUUCAUUGGCAAGCUUACCAACCUGGGGCCCAGGUCGGUUAUUUAUGAGAGAUGAUGGAAAGGGACAAGGAACCGACGCCGAAAAGAAACUCUUCACCACUGAGCACCCCAGUUGGAAAAAGACUGCCACAAAACUGGCUGAGAGUGGAGUGGGGAUUGACUUGUUCAUAGCGUCUUGUGGUGGCGCUUAUAUGGACAUCGCUACCAUUGGCCAUGUAGCAGCAGUAUCCGGUGGGGAGACCUUCCUAUACCCUAAUUUCCAUGCACCUCGCGACGUUCUCAAGCUAUCAAACGAGCUGUCCCAUGCCGUCAAUCGGGAAACGGGAUACCAGGCUUUGCUAAAAGUUCGAUGCUCAAAUGGGCUUCAAGUCGCAUCCUAUUAUGGUAACUUCAUGCAACACACCUUUGGCUCGGACUUCCAACUAGGUUGUGUUGAUGCAGACAAAGCCUUUGGUGUUGUCUUCACGUACGAUGGAAAGCUCGAUACGAAAUUAGACGCUCAUUUUCAGGCGGCUCUGUUAUAUACAACCGCUAGCGGCCAGCGGCGAGUUAGAUGCAUCAAUACGGUUGCCGCUGUCAAUGAAGGAGGCAUGGAAACUAUGAAAGCAAUUGAUCAAGAUGCUGUGGUUAACAUAAUUGCCAAAGAAGCCGCAUCAAAAAUGCCAGAUAAAUCGCUUAAAGAUAUUCGAGCUGGGUUAACCGAAAAGACUAUCGAUAUUCUUGCCGGUUACCGGAAAAAUUUUUCGCUGUCUCACCCUCCCGGCCAACUUGUGUUACCGGAAAAUAUGAAGGAAUUUGCUAUGUAUAUAUUGAGUUUGGUGAAAUCUCGCGCUUUCAAGUGUGGUCAUGAAACAUCCGAUCGUCGGAUUCAUGAUCUGCGCAUGCUUCGUUCAUUUGGCUGCACCGAACUCUCACUCUAUCUAUAUCCUCGCAUUAUUCCGAUCCACAACUUAAACCCAGAGGACGGUUUCACCAAUGAACAAGGCCAGCUUCAAGUUCCUCCCGCACUCCGAGCAUCUUUCUCCCGCAUUGAAGAAGGCGGUGCCUACAUCGUUGAUAAUGGUCAGAUCUGCCUACUCUGGAUUCAUGCGCAGGUCUCGCCAAAUUUACUCGAGGACCUUUUUGGCCCUGGUAAAACGAAGCUGCAGUCUCUUGAUCCCAACACUACAUCUAUUCCUCUACUAGAAACCCAUCUCAACGCUCAGGUGCGAAAUAUUAUCCAAUACCUCUCUACUAUCCGUGGUUCCAAGUCUGUCACGAUACAGCUUGCGCGUCAGGGGAUAGACGGUGCCGAAUACGAAUUUGCCAGACUCCUUCUGGAGGACAGAAAUAAUGAUGCUCAAAGUUACGUUGACUGGCUGGUGCAUAUUCAUCGGCAGAUACAACUCGAGCUUGGAGGUCAUCGGAAAAAGGAGGAGAGCGGUACAGCAAUCGCUGGAGUGGAAAACACGUUAUCUGGGUUGAGCGGGCUACGGCCGCCAUAUUGGUGA